GAACAUUGUAUUGACCUGCUGACCCCCAUCUCACAUCAUCCCUGUAAAGCCAAUCUGGUUUUUUUUCCCCUCCUUUUCUGCGAUCAAUCGCUCAUUAUAUUUAUAUUUAUUCGAUUCAAUCCCCAUUUCAAAUCAACUAUCACAUCACUGUUCACCAAAUCCUCCAUUCAAAAUCUUGAAUUGGGUAAUAAAGCUGUCUUUGAAGACUCCAUUGAAGCUUCAAGAACCGCUCUUUCAGCAGCCCUGUCUGCCAUUGACAUAUAGGUAAUGGAUACAACAAUAUCAGUUCUUACAAAUAAGCUGAGAGAUGCAUCUGAUUGGGUAACAUGGAUAUCCGAGGCUCCGUUUGCAAGAGCUGUGGUGUUUGGAGUUAACAUUGGAGGGCAUCUAUUUGUGGAGGGUCUUCUCCUGGUGGUCAUCCUUUUCCUACUAUCACAGAAAAGUUAUAAACCACCUAAAAGACCAUUGACAAAGAAGGAAAUAGAUGAACUGUGUGAUGAAUGGAUCCCAGAACCUCUUAUUCCGACCAUUACAGAUGAGAUGAAAUCGGAGCCUCCAGUACUUGAAAGCGCUGCAGGUCCUCAUACAACUGUUAAUGGCAAGGAAGUAAUAAAUUUUACUUCAGCUAAUUACCUCGGAUUAUUAGGAAAUGAAAAGUUACUUGAGACGUGCACCAGGGCAUUGGAGAAAUAUGGUGUAGGUUCUUGUGGUCCUCGUGGAUUCUAUGGAACAAUUGAUGUUCACCUUGAUUGUGAGGCCAGGAUAGCUAAGUUUCUUGGAACUCCCGAUUCUAUACUCUACUCUUAUGGACUUUCUACCAUGUUCAGUGCAAUUCCAGCAUUUUGCAAGAAGGGAGAUGUCAUUGUUGCGGAUGAAGGUGUCCAUUGGGGAAUACAAAAUGGACUUCAGCUCUCUAGAAGUACAAUCAUAUACUUCAAGCACAACGAUAUGGAGUCCUUGAGAAAUACAUUGGAGAAAAUCACUCAAGAAAACAAGCAAGCUAAAAAACUUAGGCGAUAUAUUGUUGUUGAAGCAGUAUAUCAGAAUUCUGGUCAAAUAGCUCCAUUGGAUGAAAUCAUCAAACUGAAGGAAAAAUACAGAUUCCGGGUAUUGUUGGAUGAAAGCAAUUCCUUGGGUGUGCUUGGCAGUUCUGGUAAAGGUCUAACAGAGUAUUACAAUGUUCCGGUCGACAAGAUAGAUAUCAUCACUGCUGCCAUGGGGCAUGCAUUGGCCACAGAAGGAGGAUUUUGCACGGGGAGUACAAGAGUCAUUGAACACCAGCGCCUCAGUAGCUCUGGUUAUGUGUUUUCUGCUUCUUUGCCUCCUUAUCUGGCAAGUGCCGCAGUCAAAGCUUUUGAUAUCUUGGAAGAAAACCCUGAUCUUAUCACAAAAUUGAGGGAAAACAUUAAUUUUCUGUUUAAAGGUCUCCAAGAUAUUCAAGGGAUGGAAAUAGUGAGUGAUCCACUCUCUCCGAUAGUUUUUCUAAGACUCAAGAAGUCUACAGGUUCUUCAAAGAGUGACCUAAAACUGCUAGAAGAUAUUGCGGAUCGUGUCUUGAAGGAAGAUUCUGUUUUUGUUGUUACUUCAAAGAGAUCAACACUUGAUAAAUGUAAUUUGCCAGUUGGGCUUCGAUUGUUUGUUUCAGCAGGGCACUCAGAAUCUGAUCUGGAGAAAGCUAGUAAAUCAUUGAAGAGAGUCGUGGCUUCACUAUUGACAGAUCAGAGCUAGCAGGACUGUUCAUCAUCUUUAAACUUCUCUGUGAAUAGGGCAGAAACAUUCUGGGAGUUCAAAUAGGUUCAUGGCAAAAAUAUUGAUGAUUCUUUUUUUACUUUUGUUGUUCAUUAGUGUUUGCAUGUCAACUAUAUUAGAUAGAUCAAGAUUUACUUCUGGAGGUUGUCAUCCUGCAAGGCCAGAGAAGUCAGUUGUCUUGAUUAAUGUUGUGUUUUAUGUAGCUGUUUGAAUCUUCUUUCUUUUUUUCUUCCCCUUACUGAUUUAUAUAUAAAGAAAAUAGAAUGGUGGGAUCUUGUAGUUGACUGUA